CGAAUUUCUCAGCAUACAGGUGGAAUUUUUUAGUUUGAUUAUUUUUUUUGAACAAUAAUGAUAUAAAAAUACUAUUGACACUGUAUUUGAGAGUAUCUCAAGCACACAAGAUGCUGAACUGUGUGUUUCUCAAACAGAGAUUCACAACUUGCUCAGCACAUAGGUGGAAUAUUUGAAUUAUUAUAAUUUUUGUUUAUCAAUAAUGCCCUAACAAGACCAUUAGAAUUGAAUUUGGGAAUAUCUUAAUCAUAAUCGCUGCUACACUGUGUAUUCCUUACUCACGAGAUUCUCAAAUUUCUCGGCAUACAAGCGGAAUAGUUUAUUAUUAUCGUUAUUUUGAACAAUAAUUGCCCUAACAAGACCAUUUGGACUGUUUUUGAGAGUAUCUCAAGCACACUGGAUGCUGCAUUGUGUAUAUUUCUCACACAACAGAUUCUCGAAUUGCACAGCAUAAAAGUGGAAUAGUUUGAUAUUUACAUAUAUUUUUUGAACAAAACUGCCAUAAUAAGACCAUUCGGAUUGAAUUUGGGAAUAUCUCAAUCAUAACAGUUGCUACGCUGUAUAUUCCUUACACAAGAGAUUCUCGUAUUGCUCAGCAUACAAGUUGAAUUGUUUAUUGUUAUCAUUAUUUGUAACAAUAAUGCCCUAAUAAGACCAUUCAGACUGCAUCUGGAAGUAUCUCAAUCACACUGGAGGCUGCAUUGUGUAUAUUUCUCACAUAAGAGAUUCUCGGACUGCUCAGCAUACAGGUGGAUUUUUAAAUAAUUUUUAUUUUGAACAAUAAUGCCAUAAGAAGACCAUUGGGACUAUAUUUGGGAAAAUCUCCAGCACUCUGGAUGCUGCAGUGCGUGGCAAGACACGUCGGAUUAGUUGUGGGUGCAGGUGAAGAUGCCUGCUAUCCUGGUGGUCUCUAACAUGAAGUCUGGACUACCGAAGCCGAUCCACAGCGCCCUCCCCAUCCCUCAGGUGCCCACCCGAGCUGUGGCCCCCCGACCCUGUUAUUCCAGCCCCCCGCAGAGCAGCGCUCAUCUCCACCUCCAGAGCCAAAGCGGGUGGAUGACAAGCAAAAACUAUCACAAUGUUGACAGUGGAGAGGACACACAGAUCUACACGGACUGGGCGAAUCACUACUUGGCCAAAUCGGGACACAAGCGUCUGAUUAAAGACCUGCAGCAGGAUGUGAGCGAUGGCGUGCUGCUGGCGGAGAUCAUCCAGGUUAUCGCAAAUGAGAAGAUUGAGGAUAUUAAUGGAUGCCCUAAGAGUCGUUCUCAGAUGAUUGAGAACAUUGAUGCCUGUUUGAGCUUUCUAGCAGCCAAAGGUGUGAACAUACAGGGACUAUCAGCUGAAGAGAUCCGGAAUGGGAAUCUGAAAGCCAUCUUGGGGCUUUUCUUUAGCCUGUCUCGAUACAAGCAGCAGCAACAAACGAGCCGACAGACACACACACAGCACACACACUCACACACUCCUCUAAUCCAGCAGAGCAGCGCUCCGGCCCAGCUGAUCUCCACCCCGCAUGGGCCACACUCACACAAAACACAGACAGACAUGCAGUCCAGGGAUGGCUCUCAGAGUAAACUCAAGUUUUCCAUUGGUCAGAAAAAGUCUUCUAGAUUGCCUGGGCCGACCUCGAGGAUGUCCACUGCGGGCAGUGAGAGCUCUCCUCGAGGGUCCAUCAGUUCAGCAGGGAAUCGCCGCAGUCUGGUGUUCAGCGAUAAAGCCAAACCUGCAGCAGCUCAGGCCAAAGAAUCAUCAGAGAGUGUGACUGAUCCCGCUCUGUCAUCCGCUUGCACCUCUUUAAGCACCAGCACUGUGGCAUCUUCUUCAUCAUCAUCAGCCAUCCCUCAGCCCAACUCGAGUAGCAAACCCUGGAGAAUUAAAUCCCAGAACAGCAAGCACACCUCCGCUACCUCCACCGGGCUUUCCACUAAGUCGGAUCUCCAAGCCAAGCAGCCCGUACCUGCAGAAGCACCACCCAAAGCUGUGCCUCAGAAAUCCAUGCUGGAGAAACUCAAGCUUUUUAAUAGCAAAGGAGGAUCCAAAUCAUCCACGCAGACAGAGGGCGCUGUUACGCCCACUGGAGGGAAGGAUGCCGCUUUGGUUUUGGAGAGAGUUGAGACCGGUUCCAAUACUGAACCUAUUGAGGAAAUGGAUGGGAACGUGAGGCCCACGAAUGGGGCUGUUAGCGUGACAACAAGCAGCCCAAAAAUUGCGCUAAAAGGCAUCGCACAGCGGACGUUUAGUCGUGCUCUUACAGCGAAAAAAGCAUCAGCGAAAUCUUCAGAGAAAGAAAAGGGCAAAGACAAAAAUGCAUCCAAGCGAGGCUCUCCUUCAGAAAAGGUAGAGGAGGUCAAGGAAGAAGUGGUUUCUUCAAGCGUUGUUACUGCUCCCUCUGAACCAGAGCCCAGAAAAGCCUCCAAAAUCGCCAGUUUUAUACCUAAAGGUGGCAAAGUGGGCGGAGCCAAGAAAGAUGGCCCCGCCCCUGUCCAGAGCGGAAUUCCAAAACCAGGGAGUAAAAGUGCUGGAAAUGGAGCAGUGAAAGGCUCUGCGCUGCCCCUCGGUGGUAAAGACAAUGAGAGGCCGCGGAGCGUGCGUUUAGGGGCAGGUUUGGGGCUUCAUCGGGACAGUCGCCAUUCCUCUUCCUCUUCCAGCCUGGCUUCCACUGAGGGUAAAGGACACCCCAUGCACAGCGCCGCCCCGGUGGCCAACGGGACUCAAUCCACCGCCAGCAACACAGUCAGUGUGCAGCUUCCUCAACCACAGCAGCAGUACAACCAUCCCAACACAGCCACCGUAGCACCUUUCAUGUACCGGACUCAGAAUGAGGCAGAUGGAAAUAUGGGCACAAACCUGAGCUCUGGAUGUCGCAGCAGUGACUCUGGCAGCUUCAGUAAAACCAACCAGUCUUCUACCGAGGAUCUGUCAGGUGAAGAUCCAGAGACCAGGCGCCUGAGGACUGUCAAAAACAUCGCUGACCUGCGGCAGAAUCUAGAAGAAACCAUGUCCAGUUUACGGGGGACACAAAUCACUCACAGUACACUGGAAACCACUUUUGAUGGUGGCGUGACUACCGAAAUGAGCAGUCGCAACAUCCUCAGCAUGGCGUCUCGACCUUCGCCUCUGUCCUGGGCCAGUCGUAUGGGUCAGUCCAGCCCCCGUCUGCAAGCAGGAGAUGCUCCCUCUGUUGGUAAUGGGUAUCAGUCCCGCAGCGGGGGGGUUGCACCCGGCCAGGGCCGCUAUCUGUAUCAGGCUCCCCUACGGAAGCAGCUGGCAGCACGCGGCAGUGGUCUCUGUGGUCUGGAGCUGGGGGAUCGAGUGGAGGAUCUGGAGCUGGCAGGAGUGGGUCUGGAAAUGAGUGGAUAUAUGAGUGAUGGAGAUGUGCUCUCUAAAAACGCCCGCACUGAUGAGCUGAGCAGCGGAUAUAUGACUGAUGGGGGAUUGAGUCUGUAUACGCGUCGACUGAACAGAUUGCCGGAUGGAAUGGCCAUGGUACGAGAAAAUCUUCAGCGCAAUGCCUCCACCAGCCAGGGAGAUGCAGACAGUUGGGAUGACAGUAGCUCAGUCAGCAGUGGGAUCAGUGAUGCGAUUGAUACUGAUGACAUCAACACCAGCUCCUCCAUAAGCUCUUACGCCAACACCCCAGCUGCGUCCCGCAAGGGCCUGAAUGGACAGCCUCAGACUGAUGCAGAGAAGCAUUCAGCAGCUGAACGUAACACUUCUCGAUCCAUCGAUGAGGUCAAGAAGUCUGACGGUGGUUUGGAUUGCAGCAUCAAAUCAGACUCGGGCCUGAAGUGGCGUCGAAACCCUUCGGAUGUAUCGGAGGAGUCUGAUAAGAGCAGUUCUGGACGAAAAACUGCACCAGUCACUCAGACAGGGUCCUGGAGGAGAGGCAUGAGCGCACAGGUUGGAGUGACUGUGCCCCGUACCAAGAGUACAUCUGUUUCCUCAGGAUCCAGCAUCAUCAAGACACAAGGGACAGGCAAAACAGAUGACGCCAAGGUUUCGGAAAAAGGUUGCAUGUCUCCCUCUUCCAACAUCCUUCAGCAUUCCUCCUCGGACACCGGCCGAAGCAGUGGAGACGAAGCCAAGAAAACCACCGCAGGCCGAGUCCCUACAAGCACAUUUGGUUUCAAGAAACCCAAUGGUGUCCACAACCCGUCCAAUGUCAUAACCACCGCCAGCAUUACUUUAGUGACAGCUAGUGGUGCCACUAUUACCAGUGGCUCCGCUACACUGGGCAAAAUUCCUAAAUCCUCCGCUCUUUUAGUUGGUAGCAGAGGGUCAUUAAAAGGAGCUGUGGAUGGUUUAUUACCCCCUCAGGAGGAUGGCUACCUGUCGCCCAGUGCUCGCUCAACGCUGCAGUACCGAAGUUUACCUCGACCCUCUCGAUCCGGAGCCGCGGCCCGCAAUGGAAACAGAUCCUCCACAAGCAGCAUCGAGUCCAGCCUACUCACCCGAGCACCACUCCUUACUGCUAUUACAGCCAAUAAACCCAGAGAUCCUGGCCCUAAAACCAACGGGCAUGCAAUCCAAGCCAAUCAGACGGACAAGGAGAAGGGCGUGGCCUCAGAUAUUGACAGCACAAGAACCAAUCCGAUUGUUUCGGGAGGAGGGGCAGCGACUAUUCCUCAGACGGCUAGACAGGGAAACAAGUACAGCGAGGUCUCGUCCCCAACAUUACGAAGACUUUUUGGAGGCAAAGCUGCCAAGCAAGCCCCAGUCACCACUGCAGAGAGCAUGAAAAACUCAAUGGUUAUAUCCAACCCUCACGCCACCCUCGGUCACACCCAGUCUUCCGGCGGGCCCCUGGACUCCCCCUCUACUGUCCCAGGAAGCGGUGGCAGCAGUCCCCUGUAUGGGGGUCGAGGUGCCAGCAUAGGGGGCAGUGAACAGGCAUCGAGUCCGGGUUCAGUGUACUCUACGGGCACCGGGACCUGGGGAACCACCAUCAGCAGCUCCUCAGCCCUCGGGUACCCAUCCGUCAGCAGCAUGCACACCAGCAGCGAGUCCAUCGACAUGUCUGUGGGUAGCGGGCAUCCCCGUGAUGAUGUCCACCCGGCACUGAUGCGGACAGGGAGCGCCAAGACAGGCAUGUCAGAGAGUCCCCUCUCCUCUCCCUCUAACAGUCCUAAAUUCAACCGUAACACUUUGCCACGGAAGCAAGACAGGUACGCCCCCUCACAGCAACUGCGUCAGGAGGAGGCUCGUGAUUGGCUGCGCUCACAUUCGGCUGGUGGAUUGCAGGACUCAGCCAGCAACUCUCCCUUCUCCACUGGCUCCAGCCUCACGUCACCAUCCGGCACACGCUUUAACUUUGCUCAGCUUGGAAGCCCCACAACAGGUGCUCAGAUUAACCUGGCCAGCCUGCGCAACAACAGCUUGACCAGUCAGGACAACCCGCUAGACAGCCAUGCUGAUUCCCGUCUGCGCAACUCCUGCAUGUCUCUGGAUGAGAAGACCCGCACUAUGAGCCGCUCAGGGUCUUUCAGGGAUGGCUUUGAGGAAGUUCAUGGGUCAUCCCUGUCACUGGUGUCCAGCACCUCAUCCGUCUAUUCAACGACGGAGGAGAAAUCACAAUCCGAGAUCCGCAAGCUGCGUCGAGAGCUGGAUGCGUCCCAGGAAAAGGUUUCCGCUUUGACGACGCAACUCAGUGCUAAUGCCCACCUGGUGGCAGCGUUUGAGCAGAGUUUGGGCAACAUGACCAUCCGACUCAAGAGCCUGACUAUGACCGCGGAACAAAAAGACUCUGAACUGAAUGAGUUGAGAAAAACCAUUGAGCUGCUAAAGAAGCAGAACGCAGUGGCUCAAGCAGCGAUUAAUGGUGUCAUCAACACUCCAGAACUCACCUGCAAGAGUGAACGAACAGGUAAUAACGGUUCAGGGCUGGGAGCGCCGCCGGACCUGCGCAUGCGCAGACAGCACUCGUCUGACAGCGUCUCCAGCAUCACCAGUGCCACCAGUCACUCCAGCCUGGGCUCCAACAUGGACAACCCCGACUCCAGCAGCAAGAAGAAGAAGAAGAACUGGCUGGUGACCUGUGCUGGAGGUGUGGAGUCAGAUGAUGAAUGUGAAUACGUGUAUGAGCUUCGCAGCUCCUUCAAACAGGCCUUCAGUAAGAAGAAAUCCCCUAAAUCAGCGUCGUCUCAUUCAGACAUUGAGGAGAUGACCGAUUCCUCUCUGCCGUCUUCACCAAAACUCCCUCACAACGGCAGCGGCUCCACGGCUCUGCUGCGCCGCAACACUCACUCCAGUUCAAUACUGUCAGACUGUCUGGACGGUGAAGCGGAGACAGUGAUGCAGCUGAGGAACGAGCUGAGAGAGAAGGAGAUGAAGCUGACAGACAUUCGGCUGGAGGCUCUGAGCUCUGCACAUCAGCUCGACCAGCUCAGAGAGGCCAUGAACCGCAUGCAGGGGGAGAUCGAGAAGUUAAAGUCAGAAAAUGAUCGUCUGAAGGUUGAGAGUCACGCGAGUGGGAGCCGAGCAUCAUCUCAGGUGUCAGUCUAUAACCCCACACCGACCCCCACGCCAGGCCUAUCCCAACACAGCCUCAACCUCACAGAGUCCACCAGCUUCGACAUGUUGCUGGAUGACUCUGGUGGAGACGGAAGCUCUCGCAAAGAAAGCAGACAUGUGAAAAUAGUCGUCAGUCUUCAAGAGGACGUCAUGUGGAAAGAGGACUGCAGGACUCGACACUUUCUCAUUGGCUGCAUUGGUGUGAGUGGAAAAACCAAGUGGGAUGUUCUCGAUGGAGUUGUACGGCGCUUGUUUAAGGAGUACAUCAGGCACGUGGAUCCGGUCAGUCAUCUGGGUCUGGGCUCAGACAGUGUUGAAGGUUAUCGUAUUGGAGAUGUGGUUCGGUGCAGCGGAGCCAACACUCCUGAACUGCUGCCCUGUGGAUA